AAGACAGUAGAUUAUCCCUAUAAAUACUCAAGAUAUUCUUUAGGGAUAUCAUUUCUGUUUCUGUGUUUACUGUGCAAUAUAUACAAAAAUAACAAACAAAAUGUACAAAUUCUGCGUAGUUUUGGCCUGUCUUUUGGUAAUUAGCGUUAACGCUAAGCCCAAAAAGGCCGAGCCAACAGAAAUGGAAACUUUGGCCCAAAAUACACAAAAAAUGGUGGAUGACCUCACUGCCACUCUUAAGAAAGACAUGCCAGAUUCCAAAAAAGUAGUGGAUGUCAUUAAAACCAACACAGAUGCUUUGGCCGCUAACGUACAGUCUGUUGUCACCACAAUGAACAAAAACAUCAAAGCUCAUGAAGGGGACAUCCAAAAAUCCAUCACCAAGAUCCAAACUGAUUUGGAAUCUGCAUCCAAAUCUUUGAAGACUGCUCUCGGUGAAGAUACUGUCAAGAAGGCCCAGGAAGUCAAAGAAAACUUCGACAAAACCAUCAAGGAGGCCAUGCAGACCGCCCAAAAGAUGAUGGCCAAUGCCGAGCCAGAAAUCAAAAAAACCGCCAAAACCAUGUUCGAUGGUCUAAUGGAUAUUGCCAAGAAAGUAAACAAAGAAUUGACCGACAACUUGGCCACCAAGCAAUAAAAAAUGUAAUAGAAUUGAUUGAAACAUUAUUUUUAAUAAAUCUAUUUUUUAAGGUUGUUUUGUUUAAUUUCUGUUGCCUGUAGUUUUGUUAUAUUCAACCAAUUUUAAAUUUUUUUAUGUCAAAUUUUAGAUAAUUUCAUCCACUUUAAGAU